AUUGAGAAGGGAGAAGAAAUAUAUUUAUUUUAAUUGCUUUAUAUCACUUAAUAUUUAUAAAUAAUGCCGUUAUUUGAAGGUCUGAGCUUUGGUGCAGAACAGAAUAUUGUUGUCGUUGAUAUAGGAGAAGCGUACACUAAAUGUGGUUUAGCAGGAGAAACAGCUCCUAAAUGCAUCAUCCCAAGUGAAGUAAAAGACUCGAAAUCGGGCAAGGUUGUAAAAUUGUGGAACUAUUCUAACACAGAUGACCUGUAUGAACAACUUAAGGAUUUCUUUUACCGUUUGUACUUCAGACACCUGUUGAUAACACCAAAAGACAAACAUGUGGUGGUUGUUGAAUCACUUUUGUGUCCAUCCGAUUUCCGAGAAACUCUUGCGAAGGUCCUGUUUCUACACUACAAGUCUGCAUCAGUGCUGUUUGCUCCAAGUCACAUGGUGUGUUUAAUGUCGGUUGGAACGAACACUGGUCUUGUCAUGGAUGCUGGCUACAGUGAAACUGUUGUCAUACCUGUCUAUGAUGGGAUUCCUAUUCUAAAAGCAUGGCAAGCAGUUCCACUUGCAGGAAAGGCAAUUCAUAGUGAAAUUGAAUCUAAGUUGAAGGAGUAUGGAACAGUGGAAAUUUCCCUGGCUGAUUCAGUUGAUGAGGAGGUGUUGGAAAACAUUAAAGCUCAAUGUUGCUUUGUGACAGAUUUCAAGAGAGCUCAACACAUUUUUAGUGUGAUGAAAGGAAAUGACAAAGCUAAGUUGCCAAAACCACCACCAGAUGUAUCAUUUCCUCUAGAUGGAAGUAACAUAAUCAUGGUCAAGGGGGAGAUAAGGGAACAUGUGUGUGAAGUUCUGUUUCAACAAGACAAUGAUGAGAAAUCUGUUGCGACAUUGUUGCUUGAUUCCCUUGUUGAGUGUCCAAUAGAUGUUCGUCGGAAACUGGCUGAGAAUAUAGUAAUAUUAGGAGGAACAGCAAUGCUUCCUGGAUUUUAUCAUCGACUUAGGUUGGAACUGUAUUACCUAAUGAGCCAACUGAAGUACAGGAAACAGUUGGCAGUGAAGGUGUUUAAGUUCCACAAACCCCCAGCAAAAGAGAAUUACACAGCUUGGCUUGGAGGUGCCAUGUUUGGAGCGUUGGAGACCCUACAAAUGCGAUCUUUACAACGAGAGACAUAUCUGCAGAGUUGUAAACUUCCUGACUGGUGUAAUGUAUCCCUUCCUACACCAGAAACAACACAUUCGGUCAAACGAUCAACAAUUUGAACUUAAUUCAUAUGGUCAUUCCAGUUUAAUUUCGCUUGGGCAUACACCUUUCAUUAAACCAGAGUUCAGUAGAACAACAGAAAA